AGAGAGAGAGAGAGAGAGAGAGAGAGAGAGAGAGAGGCGCUCCAGAUGGUGUUUAAACGCAGACAGAAGGCUACAGCGAGGACACAGAGAGGAGGAGGAGGAGAGCGCCGUGCGCACUGUGCGCUUCAUCACCGAGGACAAAACAAGACCGGGAAAAAAAAAAAAAAGCCCUGAAAUAUCCAGAACUGACGGGUAAAUCAGAGUUUGAUUUGCUUUUUGCUGAAAGUGUCCCCCCCCCUCCUCUGGGGAGAAGUGAAGGUUUGACGAGGCGACCAUCUGAGGCGCAGCUCGGAGGAUCCGCGCGUCGGAGGAGGAGGAAAAGAACCGCGGAGGUGGAGCAGUCUGUCCGCAGCCUGCUGCACAACAAACACAGGAUUAAAGAGAAAAAAAAAGAUUUGUCUUUCCUGUCAGAUGGAUGAGAACUUGUCUCUGACUCCCCGGACUGCGGCCAAGCUGUGAACUUUUCAGAAAAUCAGGUUGUAAAGUUGGAAGAAGAGGGAAUAAAGACGCAGCCUGCAGCUCAGAAGAGCCGCAUCUUCAUCCUGCUUCACGUGGACGCGAUCUGAGGACUUUCAGCAACACAUUUGUUCAUUUAAACACUUUUAGAUGCUGAAAACGGACGAUUAUUUUUGCAGUUAAGACACUGUGUCGUGUUCCUGUUUUUCUGGGAUGAUGUCUCACAGAGCGGAUCUACAGGACUGGAACAAGUUCUGAGUUAGAAACACCAGAAACCGCUUUUGCUUAAAAAAAAAAAACAUUUAUCUCCAACUGCAAAACCAAAGACAUCACUUUUCUUAAGGAUCCAAGCUUUGGUUUUAUUUCUUUUUUGUUAUUAUUUGAAAUAACUGAGACAAAUACCUCACAGUCUAAUUUAUUCAACCUGGAAUUCCUUUCUUUUCUUUUCUUUUUCGUUUUAUUUUUUUUUUUGAACAUCCAAAGGAAAGUUCAACAUUAAAUGUGAAAAGACUCGUUUUUUUCCCACUCUAUUUCAAAGAUAAAAAGGAAUAACAAAACAAAGGCUUUAUCCUUUUUUGUUCUCCCUCCAAAUGAUGGGGAUUGAGGCGGUUUAAAAACCAGUUAAGAAGCUGUUUGGUGUGGAUUAUCACCGCUGCCUUCCCUCAGCUUGACCUUCACCAAGUAGCAGAGUGCAGAAGGUUGGAACAAUGCCAGAUUCACCUGCGGAUGUAAAAACCCAGCCCAGGUCCACCCCACCUACCAUGCCUCCUCCACCCCCGGCUGUCAGCCAAGCAACAAGUCGCAACGCCUCUUUCACCCCAACCACUAGUAAAUCAAUGCUGAACGGGAGCAGUCAUUCUCCCACGUCGCUAAACGGUGCUCCAUCCACUCCCAAUGGCUUCAGCAACGGGCCGGCCAUGUCCUCCACGGCCUCGUUGUCCAACCAGCAGCUCCCGCCCGCCUGCGGAGCCCGGCAGCUCUGCAAACUGAAGCGCUUCCUGACGACGCUGCAGCAGUUUGGGAAUGACAUAUCGCCCGAGAUCGGAGAGAGGGUGCGCAGCCUCGUGUUGGGCCUGGUGAACUCCACUCUCACCAUUGAAGAGUUUCACUCCAAACUUCACGAGGCCACAAACUUCCCCCUGAGGCCUUUUGUCAUUCCUUUCCUAAAGGCAAACUUGCCUCUGCUGCAGAGGGAACUGCUGCACUGUGCCAGAUUGGCCAAACAGACUCCAGCUCAGUAUCUGGCUCAACACGAACAGCUUCUCCUGGARGCCAACGCCAGCUCGCCCCUCGACUCCUCUGAGAUCAUGCUGGAGAUGAACGAGCACGGGAAGAGAAGGACUCCUGACAGGACCAAAGACAGCGCAGAGAGAGACGGGCUGCACCCGGAGCACCUGGCCAAGAGGCCCUGCACCAUCAGCCCCAGCCAACGCUUCAGCCCCAGCACCGGCCUGCCCUCUCACCCGCCUCCCAACGGCCUCUCCACACACCCUCCCAACGGCCUGCCCCACCCGCCCAACCCCCAAAUGGGACCUCAGCACUACCGCUUGGAAGACAUGGCCUUGGCACACCAGUACAGAGAUGCAUUCAGACACAGCGAACACCGAGACAGCAGAGACAGGCACCGGCAGACAGCAGUGCACGGAGCUCGCCAAGAGGAGGUGAUUGAUCAUCGUCUUACAGAUCGAGAGUGGGCAGAAGAAUGGAAACAUCUUGAUAAUCUCCUAAACUGCAUCAUGGACAUGGUGGAGAAGACGCGGCGCUCCCUGACGGUGCUGCGACGCUGCCAGGAAGCCGACCGGGAGGAGAUGAAUCACUGGAUCCGCCGCUACAGUGACGUAGAGGAGAUGAAAAAAGGUGGGAGCAACGGACAGCACUGCCUUCCUCCAUCUACUACUACUCUUCCUCCUCCUCCUCCUCACCACAACUCCUCCUCCAACACAGCUAGCAGCAGCAGCGAGUCACUGCCCAUAGGAACUUCCUCGGCUGCUGAAAGGCAGACAGGCAGACAGACAGAGAUCCACAGAGACUUCCUACAUCGGCCUCCCUCAGGAUACCUGCCUGAAGAGAUCUGGAGGAAAGCCGGUACCACAAGCAUCCCGCUCUCCCCAGCACUAAAGCACCUCCAAAACAAGCAGGAAGAGGCGGUGAACGAGGUGAAGCGGCAGGCCAUGUCGGAGCUGCAGAAGGCUGUGUCGGACGCCGAGAGGAAGGCUCAUGAGAUGAUCUCUGCAGAACGCUCGAAAAUGGAGAGGGCGCUGGCCGAGGCCAAGAGACAAGCUUCUGAGGACGCGCUCACAGUCAUCAACCAGCAGGAAGACUCCAGUGAAAGCUGCUGGAACUGCGGGAGGAAAGCCAGCGAGACGUGCAGCGGCUGCAACACUGCUCGCUACUGCGGCUCCUUCUGCCAGCACAAAGACUGGGAGAAGCACCACCACGUCUGCGGCCAGGGCCUGCAGGGCGUCCCCCUGGGCACCCCGUCCUCCAGCUCGUCGGGCUCCUCCAGCGCACCCCCGACCCACUCUGAGAGCUCCCCUCCGGGACCCCUGUCCCUCGUGGGUCAGAGCGGCGUCGCGGGGGGUGCCGGCAGCGGCGGCAGCGUCUCGGCCAGCCCCAAAGAGAGCAGCUCCAGCAGUGCCUCCCGCUCCACGACUCCAGCCACCCCCGCCCUGCUGGACGCCACCUCCCGCUGACCCCUGUUGUGACAGUGGCCUAACUCCACACAAAACCAAACUGAGGAACCUCCAUUGCACACUGCUCCCUUUCCCACAACCUCAAUUAAUUAAACACUCGCAAACUUUUUUAAAAAACGAUUUGCUAUUAACAGACCGGUUUUCUCACCUUCUUCCUAAUGUUUUUCUGCCUCCUUUUCCAACCGCAGCCGCAGACACAAUGAUUCCAGCCAGGGGGGUGUCAUCGUCGUGUUAAAGCAUGCAGCGUCCCGUUAUCUCGUCAUAGAAACAUAUCAGAUGUGUUUGCCGAGCUGCGACUUGAAGAUGUGCCCUCGGUUACAUAAGCACGGUAAAUCUCCGUCCACACGAGGACACAGUAAGGGCUGUGAAAAGGCAGCAUGGGCGAGGAAUGACUAGGCCAAUUAGCACUUGGAUAGGAUUUCCCUUUAAUUUAGCACUAAUGGAAGAACAGCAAGCAGCCCCAAGCUGUGCACUAACAGUCCAAACAGUUCUCUGCGGCACUUCCUGUCUUUAACAAAGACGGAGCAAAGAGCGUAAACAUUUUUUUCCUUUUUUUUAUGUGUGAGGGAAGGGGUAAAGCCUUGAUGUGAUUAAUUCCUCAGAACACAGCUUAGUAUUUAUUAAAGGUUUCUUUCUGGCUUUAAAGGAAAACAAAGACAAGUCCAAAUAUUCUAAAUAAAGAAUAAUAGUGAUGCUGAGAAAAAAAUGAAUUAGUUUUAAACUGCUAACUACCUUGCUAGCGAGCCAAGAAAAUCUACACCGGACUCACCUCUCUGCAACCCAAAUAAAUUCAAAGAUGAUGAAAAAAAAAAAUAAUAAUAKCCUGAUCCAAACCUUUGUAUGACACUGCCAAAGUGAAAAACAUGAGCGAUAAAGAGAAGCACUCAUCUUAUAACCAAACGCAAAGCAACAACACCUCCUCAGCAGAAACAAAAAAAAGCCAGCCCUGAGAGGAUCGGGCCUGGAGGGGCUGCAGAACAUGAAUCCCACAUUCAAAUAAAAAAAACAUAAAAACUGUGACCUGCUUCGGUCUGUAGCCGCCUCCUGCAGUCCGGACACUCCACAAAGCUCCAGCGACUCCUCAGUGACGGCCCAGACUAGUGAAAAUGAACAACGCUGUGAAUUUGCCUACAAGCAAGGACUUCAUGAAACUGAUGGAAACCCUCCUGUGAACGGAGGAACGGGACGAAACACGGACUCAAAGGAGACGAAGAAACAUUUACAGGCAACAGAACUGCCAAAAAAAAUAAAACAAAAAACUCAGCAUAAGCUUGAAAACAUUUGA